AUGUCCUUUCGCAAAAGAAAUAUAGGCUUGUCAGCAGGCACCGACCGAACACCUGCGUCUAAAUUACAAUCGCAGCCGCAACGGGCCGUCUCGUCGCCUCCCACGACUCCUGGAGUGCGUCCUUCUCCUGAUGACGGACGGCCAACUACCUCUACCGGUUCCCCGUCACUUGACAGUCUUCUAGCUGGUCAUGGUGGACUUCCUAUUGGAAAGACACUUCUACUGGAGGAAAAUGGGACUACAGACUUCGCAGGCGCAUUGCUUCGGUAUUAUGCUGCCGAAGGUGUCGUGCAAGACCAAAAGGUUCACGUCAUCGGAAUGCCAGAGCAAUGGGGUAGAACUCUUCCGGGCUUGAUAGGUCCGGCAGAAGCUGCUGAUGACAAGUCGGACAAGCGCAAAGGGGAGCGCAUGAAGAUUGCAUGGAGGUACGAGCGUCUUGGUGAAUUCGGAGCGGGCGUCGCUGGCGCAAGAGGUCCAAGUGAUCAAAGCCUAUCUUCUGUUGACGAUGGCACAGCUAAACCGGCAUUUUGUCACACAUUCGACCUCACCAAACGCCUCACACAUCCGUCUAUUGGCAACAUCACAUAUAUACCCCUCAUACCAACAAAAGAGCCUUUGCUUGUUUCCAUCCUGAAGAAGCUUCAAACCGUCAUCGCCUCCAGUCCUCCGCACAUAGUCCACCGCAUUGUCAUUCCUUCCUUCCUAAACCCCACGUUAUACCCACCAGAAGUCAGCGAGCCUGAAAACGUGCUGCCGUUCCUUCACUCUCUAAGGGCUUUAGCGAGCUCGCCUAGCAGUCGCAUAACCCUAAUGAUGACAAUUCCACUUUCCCUCUUCCCGCGGUCUUCUGGCCUUGUGCGGUGGAUGGAGAUAUUAAGCGAUGGUGUCAUUGAGCUUUGCCCUUUCCCGCAUUCGUCCGAUGCUCUAUCUACGUCUGGAGCUGCCACAUCACACGAGGAACCUCCACAGGGUAUGCUUAAGACGCACAGACUUCCGGUUUUACACGAACGGGGCGGCGGGAGCGAUCAAAAUAUCGGACAGGAUUGGGCGUUCACCCUGAGCAGGCGAAAGUUCGAGAUCAAACCGUUCAGUCUCCCGCCUGCUGAGGGAGACCAAGAAGCGCAGAAUCAUGGACAAGCAGAUAAAAUGCCGAAGAAGGAGGAUCUCGAGUUCUAGAGACGGACUGGCUUUUGUGAAGCGAAAGCAGACAUUCCUAUCAUUCUUCGUGAUCG